AUGGCCCCGAAAACCCCCGUUAUCUGGGUCUUACUCGCAGUAUUGCUCUUUAGUACUCUAUUUCUUUGGUCAAUAGCAGUCUCAAAAAACUACGUCAUUGGUGUCUCACCGGGGGUGUUGCACAGUGAAACAGCUUUGGAUGUCAAUAAUACAUCCUGUUCAACCAGUGCUACAAGACUACACCUCUCCGACCCACCAUAUGAAAAUCACUUCUAUUCUGACUGCCACUCCAGCUCACAUGUGGUUGUUACAAGCCCCCUAUUGACAAGUAAUCUGAAAUUGAUUGGACCUCGGCUCCUUAUAGCGUGGCCCGCAGGGAAUAGCGGCAUCGUCACCUUCUUUGCGCCGGAAAAUGGAGUAGAUGGCAGUCUUGCCAUAAGAUUGGAAAAUUCAGUAACGACAGGAGAGGCACUAGAACCAAUUUACGUGGCCGGCGAGUCACAUUCCUCGAAUCCUCGAGUUGGCGUGUCGGGGUUGCUCAACUUGAAUUCUUCGGCCAUUCUCACGGUACCAAUUUUAGGCAGCAUUCGAACAAUCAGGAGCUUUACCGAAGCAGGAAACCAUUUAGAGCCUUCUUUUUCCGAGACUGUAGAAGGAGGCGUGGUGCUAAACCGGACUUGGUUCGACAACACUACUACAACCUGGCUGACAUUUACACCCAUCAACAGAUCAAACGCAAUUACUAUCAAGCGGGAAGUUGGCACAACUCUGUUGUUCCCAAGCGGCACUUACCAAUUCGAUGCCUCAUUCAACUAUCCUCAGUUAGACCAGCUCAAUCCUCAGGAAGUUCUCAACCCUGCUUCUAUAGAUCUCAUCGACAAAAAUUUAGAGCAGACAACAUCGCUAUCUUUGCUGUCUUAUACUGACAAGCUCCUCGCUGGAUCCUGGCGUUACCUGACUUAUUUUGGACGAGAUACUCUGCUAUCACUGCUUCUACUCCAGCCAGUGCUCAGCGAAGGACACGGCGGAGCGAUCGAAGCAGCGAUUGGAUCAGUUUUGGAACGCGUAAAUAGCAUAGACGGAACCGUAUGCCACGAAGAAGUCCUCGGAGACUACGCCACAUUCCUAAAUCUCCAGAAGAACAGCCGGUCCACGGAGCCGCUGUGCGACUACAAGAUGGUGGAUACCGACUACAUUCUGCCGAUUGUGAUGAAGACGUACCUGGUGGACACGGAAACCGGCCGUCAACGUGCAAAAGCAUUUCUCAAUACAGCGGCUUCAUUCCUUCCCAACAACGCCGGACUAUCGUACGCAAAACUCGGCCUCCUCACCGCCGAGAAGAUCAUGAACACGUCCGCACCAUUCGCGUCCCAUGGCGGUCAAGUCAAGGAAAACUUGAUUCAUCUCAGAAACGGCCAAGCGGUUGGAGACUGGCGCGAUACAGAUAGCGGCCUCGGCGGCGGAAGAAUCUCGUACAAUGUAAAUACAGCUCUGGUGCCAGCCGGCCUGCGAGCCAUUGCCGCACUCAGCAGAGCAGGCCUCUUCCCAGAGCAUCCAGAAUGGAAGGAGACAGCCGACCAAUACGCUACCGUGUGGGAAGACGAAACGGUGCGCUUUUUUGAAGUUUCCCUCUCACAACCGGAAGCGGUCUCGCUCGUUGAAAGUUAUAUGAAGCAUCAGUCUGUGUACCCCGGUACAUCUCAUGUGCACGCGAUCACGUCUAACGUGACAUUCUAUGGCCUCGCGCUCGACGGCCGAAACGACCAGCCGGUAGUGCGCGUCAUGAAUACGGACGAUUGCUUCCGCCAUUUCCUGCUCAACACGACGAAUCAAAUGCAACUAAGCAGGUUCUUGAACCAAACUGCGGACCACAUCCUCCAGCCGUUUCCCGUCGGGCUCGCUAGCGACGUAGGGUUGUUUGUGGCGAACCCGGCGUACGGCGGCGAUGCAUUCUAUGCGCAAUCAUUUACCAGAGCAGAUUACCACGGCAUCGUGGUAUGGAGCUGGCAGUUGGCCAUGAUGGCAGCUGGGCUUGGGCGCCAGCUUGGGCGAUGUGAAGUCGCGAAUAAGCCGGACUUCUGCACCGACCAGCCGUUGUACAGCAAGGUUCUAUCUGCGUAUGAGCAUCUGUGGUCGCUUAUUGAGAAGAACCGUGCCCAGCUUAGCAUUGAGGUCUGGAGCUGGACGUACAACAACGGGUUUCGGGCUGAGCCGCUGGGCGCAUUUUUCCCCGUUGAGAGCAACAUUGCCCAGCUGUGGAGUUUGACAUUCCUGGCGGUGCAUAAACAAGAUUUCGAACAAUAA